AUGGAUUGGAACAGUGAGAUCACCACAGCUUCUGGCUGGUCUGGGGCACCCACUAUUCUGAUAGAAGCAGCGCGGGUGUUCCAUAUUCUGAAGAAGCGGCUGCGGAUGUUCAACUGGAUACAAAACAAGCUCAAUGGGCGACGUGUAAGCAAGAAACAGGACUUCAUUUCAUCAGCUAAUCAGUACAAACAGGAAGAACAACGCAAAGAAGAAUUCAUCGACUGGCAUAAAGGUUUGUUAACAAUUGGGACAAUUGGAAAUGAAAAAUUACUCUCCAAUCUUCAACAAAAUCCAUCCUCCUCUGAAGAUCUUACCCUUGAAGAAGAGGGAAAACUUCAAAAUGAGCUAAACUUAUUAUUGCAUGAACAUGCUGGAGCCUCUUCGGCCGCGGAAUCAGAAGGUGAUCCUCAUCCUUCAUUGGAUAAAAUUCUCGACCAUUCAAGCUCAGGAGAUGAAGAAUCGGCCAACGACGAUACAUAUUAUGAUGAUUCGAAUAGGGAUAGCGGCGGCCAUGUUCAGCGAAGCACAAGUGUAGUUUGUAGCAAAGGGAAAGAUAUUUGCACUGAUAAUACUAAAAGGGCAAUUGGGAAAAAAUCAUUGUCUUUUCUGGUUAAGAAGGUGAUUGCUUGCAGAGGUGGGUUUUCACCUACCCGUAGUAUAAGGGAUCCCGUCUCAGAAUCACGAAUGGAAAAGAUGUUGAGGGCAAUUCUCCACAAGAAAAUAUAUCCCCAAAGUCCUAGUACAACAUUGUCUACCAAAAAAUACUUGGCAAACAGAGGGCGUAAGCCCAAGUCUGCCAAAGAGGAUGAGAUAAAUGAGAAGCCGGAGAGUGGAAGUAAAUGGGUUAAGACAGAUUCAGAAUAUAUUGUUUUAGAGAUAUAA